AUGAGUACUAUUAACAACAAGCCAGUCGUCAGAACUGGCGUCAAUAUCUUCAUCUUUAAUGACAAAGGUCAAUUUGUGCUGGGACGCCGAAAAGGCAGCCAUGGUGCAAACACCUGGGGUCUCCCUGGAGGCAAAAUGGAGUUUGGCGAAGACUUCGAAGACUGCGCAGAGCGCGAAGUUAGAGAAGAGACGGCCUUAAAAUUCUCCGACCUUGAAUUCCUUACUGUUACGAACGAUGUCUUCACGGAGAAGAAUACGCACUACACUACCAACUUCUUUGUGGCCAAACUUGACGGUGACCGAAAAGAUCCUCUGCUCAUGGAGAAAGAUAAAUGUCUUGGAUGGAAGUGGUUCACCUGGGGAGAAAUCGAGGAGCAUUAUAAGGCACCUGAUGCAGUUAAGAAGGACAAGAAAAAUAAAUUUGAGGGGCAGGAACUGUUCCUCCCUAUGUUGAGCUUGUUCCGGCAACGAGCGGGGCUUCAUCCACUGAAGGCAUAUGAAGCGAGACUAAGAGAAGUACACAAGGAGCCUGUGAUCGGUCUUGCAUCCAGAUGA